CGGGACUGAGGUGCCAGUUCUGCGCUGGAAGUCUCCGCGGGAGUCGCUGUUGCUGAGGCGUUUCCCCGGGGUUUUCGCGCUCCUCCUCCUUCUCCGCACCCCAGUCAGGCCGAUCUGCUUUGCUGUCGGUGACCUUGCAACUUGAUGGAUGACGACAAAACUUUUCAACCAAAAAUAGACAUUCCAAAAAUGACAGAACUCUUUAUGGAAUGUGAAGAAGAAGAGCUGGAGCCAUGGCAGAAGAAAGUAGAAAAAACUCAGGAUGAGGAUGAUGAUGAACUGAUCUUUGUUGGAGAGAUAUUAAGUUCAAAACCAGCCAUUUCAAAUAUUUUGAACAGAGGCCACUCCAGCUCAUCUUCCAAAAGAAUAAAGAGUGAGCCAGUCAGUCCAGGUAUUCCUGAAAUAUUCAGGACUGCAAGUCAACGCUACAGAGACCCAUCAUCAAAUGCAGUGGCAGCCUUGCCUAGAUUUCAUCCUGAAUCUGAAUCUUCACAAAGCUCUGUUACUGUUGAGAAUGAGUCUAAACCUGAUUUUACAAAGAAUUCACAAGUUGAAUCGGAUAAUUCUUCAGUCUUACUGUUUGACUCGACCCAGGAAUCACUUCCACCAUCCCAAGACAUACCAGCAAUUUUUAGAGAAGGGAUGAAAAAUGCUUCAUAUGUAUUAAAACGUCCUUCUACUUCUAAAGUAAACAGUGUUACUCCAAAAAAACCAAAGACCAGUGAAGAUGUUCCUGAAAUAAAUCCUUCCACUUCAUUGCCUUUAACUGACUCUCCUCCAGUGACAUCCUCCCACGUUAGGCUAGCAAAAGGCACAAAUACCUCAUCUCCAUAUGAUGCUGAAGCACAUUACCUAAGAGCUUGUCCAAAGUGCAAUGUUCAGUUCAAUCUUUUGGAUCCCUUGAAAUACCACAUGAAGCAUUGUUGUCCAAACAUGAUAACUAAAUUUUUGGGAGCAAUCAUUAAAUCAGAACGUCCAUAUGCUGAAGACAAAAAUGAAAUUGAUCCAGAGACAGGAAAGUUGAUCAUGUUAGUCAAUGAGUUUUAUUACGGAAGGCAUGAAGGAGUCACUGAGAAAGAGCCAAAGACUUACACAACCUUUAAAUGCUUCAGUUGCUCGAAAGUUCUUAAAAAUAAUAUUAGGUUUAUGAACCACAUGAAACAUCACUUGGAACUUGAGAAGCAGAACAAUGAAAGCUGGGAAAACCACACCACCUGCCAGCACUGUUACCGGCAGUAUCCCACACCCUUCCAACUGCAGUGCCACAUCGAGAGUACACACACUCCCCAUGAGUUUUCGACUAUUUGCAAAAUCUGUGAAUUAUCAUUUGAAACAGAGCAUAUUCUUUUACAACAUAUGAAGGACACUCAUAAACCUGGUGAAAUGCCAUAUGUUUGCCAGGUUUGCCAGUUUAGAUCAUCAACAUUUUCUGAUGUAGAAGCUCAUUUUAGAGCAGCCCAUGAAAACACUAAGAACUUGCUAUGUCCAUUUUGCCUCAAAGUUAGUAAAAUGGCAACCCCCUACAUGAAUCAUUACAUGAAGCAUCAGAAAAAAGGAGUUCACCGUUGCCCAAAAUGCAGACUACAAUUUUUGACCAGCAAGGAAAAAGCUGAACAUAAGGCACAGCAUCGUACAUUUAUAAAGCCUAAGGAACUAGAAGGAUUGCCUCCUGGAACAAAAGUUACUAUUCGAGCUUCACUUGGACCUCACCAGUCAAAAUUACCAACUGCACCUUCUGGUUAUACUCCAGGCACUUCUUUUCUUCAGGUCACACCUCCGACAUCUCAAAACUCAACUGCUGAAAAUCCUAGAAAAUCUAAUGCCAGUAAAUCUAAGACAAGUAGGCCUCAUGCAACUACAUCCACUGCAAGUAAAGCUAAUACAAGUAAGCCAAGGGGACGUACAGCUAAAUGCAAAGCAAAACCCUCUUACAAGCAAAAGCGACAGCGCAACAGAAAAAAUAAAAUGACCUUAGCUUUGAAGAACUUAAGGUGUCGUCGGGGGAUUCACAAGUGCAUUGAGUGUCAUUCCAAAAUAAAAGAUUUUGCAAGCCACUUUUCUAUAUACAUCCACUGCAGUUUUUGCAAGUAUAAUACUAACUGUAACAAAGCCUUUGUAAAUCAUAUGAUGAGCUCUCAUAGCAACCAUCCAAGUAAACAGUUUUGUAUUUUCAAGAAGCAUUCAGGAACUCUCAGUGGCAUUACUCUAGUGUGCCUUAAAUGUGAUUUCCUAGCUGAUUCUUCUGGCUUAGAUCGUAUGGCUAAACACUUAAGUCAACGUAAAACUCAUACUUGCCAAGUUAUAAUAGAGAAUGUUUCCAAAAGUACCUCAACUUCUGAACCUACUUCUGACUGCCCAUUGAAAUAGAUUCCUGCUCUAUGGAGUUCGUGCAACCUGACGCAAGACAAGUUGGAAUUUCCUAAGUUCAAAGUUCUGAAGUGUUUUCUCAUACAACAGCAGUUAAACAGCCAAGUUCAUAACACUAGCUCUCGUUAUUCAGAUCUUUUCAGCUUUCAGAUGGCACUAGACUUAUUCCGCCUUAUCUUUGUGUCAGGUUAACAGAUCUUAACAUGUUUUUUUCUCUAGUUGGUUCUCUGCAAAAAAUACCUUUUGUUUUUCUCUGCCUUGCCUUCAGAAUAUUACAUUCCAGAUAAUACAACUGUUCAUCUUUUUCUGUCUGUUUUUUCUGCUUUCUUAAUUUAAGUCUUACAUGUUUAGGUCAGAUAGCCAAUUUUUCUUCAUUCCUUGUUCAUUACUUUUCUAUUUUUCAUAUUUUCAAAUGAAGAAGCAACACAUAAGUUUCAAAAAAAUGUCCAGGGGGCUCCUGGACAGUGUCCCCUUUUGAUGGACACAACUGAUACCUGUUGUCGUUUUCCAAGAAAUGUGAAUUGUUUGACUGUGAGACCUCCUCUAGUUUGUGGCCUUAAGAAAUCAGGUCUUGGGGAGAGUCCCUUCCUACCUGACUGACCUCCCAUAAGGCUGAUGCUGAUUUGGCCAGAGAUGACUUCAAGACCCACCAAAUAGAGCACAACUUCCCACUGAGGGCGUUGGCUUUUGAUCUUAAGCUUAUGGGUCAGUUCUAACCAAGAAAAGUCUAUGAGAUCACUGCUUCAACAUGCAGGUUGAAGUUUAACCAGUUUGGCUGCUGUUCUCUAAUGUUCCUCUAACAGGCAUGCAGUACAAGGAAUAUAAAAAUUCUGGUUGUAUUGGGAACCAAGGUUACUUUCUUGUUCUUGGUAAAACAAAAUUCCUACAAUUACAGUUCCCAAAGUCACAGUUGUUUAUGUUAUCAUUUAAAGUUUUAUCCAGUAUUAAUUAUAUUAAUUUUCAGCAAUACUAAUUCGCAUUUUUAAACAUUUUUAAAAUUUUAUUUUGUUUUAUUUUGGUAGGUUGGUUUUAUCUUAUUCUUAGAUUAGUGCUUCAACAUCCAGGUUGACAUUUAACCAGUUUGGCUGCUGCUCUUUAAUAUUCCUCUAGCAGGCAUGCAGUCCAAGGAAUAUAAAAUUUCUGAUUGUAUUGGGAACCUAGGCUACUUUCUUAUUCUUGGAAAAACAAAAUUUCUACAAUUACAGUUCCCAAAGUCAGUUAUUCAUGUUUUCAUUUAAAGUGUUAUCCAGUAUUAAUGAAUUUUCAGCAAUAGCGAUGUUCACAUUUUUAAAAAACAUUUUUUAAAUUUCAUUUGAUUUUGGUAGCUUGGUUUUUUCUUGUUCUUAGAUAAGUGCUUCAACAUCCAGGUUGAUGGUUUACCAUUUUGGCCGCUGCUCUUUAAUCUUCCUCUAGCAGGCAUGCAGUCCAAUGAAUAUAAAAAUUCUGAUUGUAUUGGGAACCCAGGUUACUUUCUUGUUCUUAGAAAAACAAAAUUUCUACAAUUACAGUUCCCAAAGUCAGUUAUUUCAUGUUUUCAUUUAAAUUUUUAUCCAGUAUUCUAGGAAUUUUCAGCAAUACUGAUAUUCACAUUUUUAAACAUUUUUUAAAUUUUAUUUUAUUUUGGUAGCUUGAUUUUAUAUUUUUCUUAAUCAGAUUUAUUUUACUGUUUUACUUUUCUGUCACCUACUUGUCCCAGAUUCAUGAAAUUUACUGAUGUCCAUUUUAUGUCUACUUUUUAUCUCUUCUCUUUGUGUUUGUUCUUGUUACAAACUCCAAGUCAUUUCUUAGAAUUGUCUAUAAAUUUCAUGUAGCUACUUAUUAGUAGCUUCUUAAUUUGGUACUUGUUCAGACCACUAGACAUUAUUACAUGCUCUAUCAUUAACAUUAACUUAGGGAUUGUGAUUUCAAAGAUAAAGAUUUGGCAAAACUCUUCUUACAGAUCUUAAAAGAAGUUUUAAAGUUAUGUUUCCAUACAUCUAAUACAUAAUAUCUUCUUAGCCAUUAAUGUAAUUUCUCUGGAUAAAGAUAAUAUAUUCAAAAAAUAUUGAGACCAAAAAAUGCACUUGUUUCUUGCCCAUAUAUAUAGAGAUGUAUAUAUUUUUUAAUUUGGUGUUUGUUUAUUUUGGUUACAUUGAAUAUAGAUUUGCUGAACAGUUUUGAUGUUAUUUUUUUAAUAAAAUUUGUAUUGUGAAAGUGCCUUGGAAAUUAUUUUCUAAAAACUUCAUAUAAAAGCU